CUCUCCUCAACCACACCAGCUCUCAUUUCUUCCCUCACGACUCUGUGCCCACUCUCAUCUCGCUUCCUUUCCUUCUCUCUCUACACCCUCUGCUCUUUUCCUCGCCUUCACCCUCUUCUCUUCCCUCAUCUCCAUCUCCAUCUCCUCUUCUCCCUCCCUCCCUCCCUCCUCCUUUCUCACUCUCUACUCCUUGGAGUGGCGACACCGUGACUGCCUGCGUCAGCCAGCCUUGCCAGCCGCUGCCAGCUAGUGAACGCUGCUACUGGAGGUUGCUGUAUCCUGCAGAGAGCCCUGUGUGUGUCUCUGUGUGUGUGUGUGUGUGUGUGUGUAAGUGUAUGAGUGUACGCAGAUGGGAAAGCAACUGAGUCAGGGAGGGCUGCCUCUCAUCUCUCCGCUGUCACCACCAUCCUUCACUCUCCCUCCUCUGCUGCUCUCCUCCUCUGCUGCCAUGGAGCUCCAGCAGGCUGAAUCACAACGGCAUCUGCAGACAGGGCUGAGCAGGUAGAAGUGUGUGUGGUGCUCCACUGGGCCAGUAUGGAUUGUCUUCGGAGGUGGACAUCGGGCUCUGCAGUCGUGUUCUUCCACACACUGGCCUUGUCCUGGACAGGUGCAAUUGGGCCCGCCCCCAAAAUUGACGGAUGGCACCGGGCAGCUCUGACUCUGCAGGAGAACAUGACGCACAGGUUCAACUGCCAAUCAGACGGCUGGGAUCCUCGUGCCCCUCCCUUGCUGACUUGGUACCUGAAUGGGGAGCCGCAGAGAGAACCGUCACCGAAUCGUGGACGUCUGGUGAUGACAUCAAAAGAAGAUUCUGAGGUCAUGAGACCAGGGACCAAUCACAACAGCAGCUUCUCUCUGCGGGCCAGAAAGUGGGACAGGGAGCUGGUGUGUGUCGCAUCAAACCCCAGGACUGGAGAGAGCUUCAACGCCACUGUCACACUAAAUGUCCAGUUCCAGCCAGAGAUCCUCAGGGUGAACGCUCAGUACAGUGAAACCUCAGACCCCGGCCUCUCCCUGGUCCUCUUCGCCUUGGUACGGUCCAACCCACCUGCCACUAUCACCUUUGUGGACCAGUCUGGACAGCAGGUGGCCAACACUUCUGACUUCCUCAUCCUGGACUCGCGGAGCUACCCGUGGCUGACCAAUCACACGCUGAGGGUCACACUCAGUAGCCUAUCAGGGAAUAUCUCACUGAACGCAAGCAACAGUGUGGGAACUGUGCAGAACAACCUCACACUGGCAGAGUUCCUGCAGUCUCGUGUGGAGGUGCCCAUGCUGGGCAUCGUGACUGGAGGAGCCAUGGCCUUCAUGGCGCUCCUCAUCCUCAGUCUGAUAGUUCUCUGCCUCAUGCAAAAAAACAAGAGCAAGUCCAUUGACGAACCAGUGGAGAUUCUGAUGACCAAGAAAAGUGACUCAGCCAAUCUGAAGACAGAGAAAGUGGAUAAGACCCACAUCCCCAGAGAGAACAUGUCUCUGCCUUCCAACAUGCAGCUCAACGACCUCAGCACUUUGAGAAAAGCCCGAGAGGCCGCCCAGCAGAACAGCGUGGGAGAGCAGAAGAAAGAGGAAGAGGAGGAGGAAGAUCUGUCUUUAGCCUACGCCGCCAGAGGUUUCGCCAGAUAUCCGAUGGUGGGCUACAUCUAUAAGGUGAACAGCACAAGCAGCGAGGAGAUCUGGCUCUGAUGGACCUCAAAGCAACACGCAGACCGUACGUGCAUGCAUAACUACUUCAGAACAGUGCAGCUGUCCACAAGGAAACUGCCACUCAGACAUUCAGCCAAUCAUCGCUCACCUUCGGGCUGGACCAGGAUGAAGAGGAUCUUGUUGUUGGAGACCUCGUCUAUUUCUGGACCGCAUCAACAAACCUCUGUUUCUCUGACUCAAACAUGAAGCUCAUGUCCACAAUACAAAAAAUCUCAGUGUUUUUGUCAUCAAGUGAACCAAGUGCUCUGGUAUUUACACUGCUGACAUGUUGUCUCUACAGUGCAAAGUAUGAACUCCAAAUAAGAAUGCUCAUAUUCAGUCUGUUUUGAGUUAAGACUUUGUGUAACCACCUGCUCAUGAUGUCCUGUUGCAAUAUUGGAAUGCAUUAAUUGUUCUAUGCUAACAGCAGAAUUUUGACCAGUGAUACCUGAUGAAGAUGGUGCAUAAUUAUAGAAUACGUAAUCGUUAAUGGACAUGCGACAUGUCAUGUACUGUAUAUUUGUAUGCAUAUGUAUAUGUGUAUAAAAGAGGAUGUGUAAUAAAGAUAAUAUGGAGAUUGUGUGGAAGUAAA